UAUACCCCUUGGUCAAAGAACAGCCCCUCUUCUUCCCUCUCCUAUGGGGAGAGGUACGUUUAGAAAGGUCUCCCCCUCUGCUUCAAAGUGUACUACAGCUCUCUCAUUGAGAUUGAGGAGGGGUCCUGAUCAAUCAGUGAAUCCAAUCAACACUGUAAACUUCUCUCAAUCUCCAAAGCCAUAUCAAAUCUGUAGCAAUGUCAUCAACCUCGAACCAGCUUCACUUUGUAUUUAUCCCAUCACUGGAUCAAGGUCCUAUGAUAGAUAUGGCUAAGUUAUUCGCCGAGAAUGGCAUGAUGGUGAGCUUGGUCACAAACUCUCACUGGCCCCCUCAAUUCCAGUCAACCAUUCAUCAAGCAAAAGGAUCCGGGCUUCAAAUUCAGCUCCUAGAAAUCCCCUCACAAGGAUUUGACAUUCCCGGUAUCGGCCAAAUCCUACUUAACAAGCUGCGAGAGCAUAUGCCUCUUCCACCUCCACCUCCACCUCCACCUGGGUUUAGAUUUUGUCCCUCUGAUGCGGAACUAAUUCACUACGUGCAGAAGAAGAUAGACGACCCGAGGUUGACCUUUGAACACAUAAAAGAGAUCGACUUUUACGAAGAUAACCCUGAACAACUGGCGCUUCAAUAUGAAGGUACAGAGACUGCAGACGGGAGGAAGGAAUGGUACUUCAUAACACCAAGGAAAACAAAGCGAAAAGCCGGUGAUGGACAUUGGAAAACAACUAUAAAGACCAUCGACGUGAUAUGCCAGGGUACUGUUGGACAAAAGGCGGGGCAAGUGGCUUUCUACAAAGGAACAACUAACAAGACUAACAGGCCUAUCAGGACCAGUUGGAAAAUGGACGAAUAUACAAUGCCAAGGGACGAAUGGGCUCUUUGUAGACUUUAUAUUUCUGCCCCGAAAACGCAGUCUGUGCCUCCUCCUGUUGUUCAACCCACAGAUAUGUUGACAAAUCUUUCUCCCUCAGAGAGCUUGUGUAAGCCUCUUGACAAUCCUCCCAUAGGAACACAUCUGAUGCCUGACAAUUCUCAUCCCACUUAUAGCGUGAUGUCCAAACCACAUAACCAGUUGCCAAUUCCUUCUCCUGCUGAUCCCUCAACGAGCUUGUAUAACUGGCAGGUGCUGCAGGUUGAUCAUCCCACAACCAGCACACGGAACAUUUUCGAGCCAAAUUCUGGUGGAGAAGAAACUGGUGAUUUUUACUGGCAAGAACCAAUUGACAAAUAUUCUGAGGAACUUCAAUAUAAUAAUUACUUUGAGGAUACUCCUCCUGCUGUUCAACCCACAGACAUGAUAACAAAUUUUUCUCCCUCAGAGAGCUUGAGUAAGCCUCUUGACAAUCCUCCCAUAGCAACGCAUCUGAUGCCUGACAGUUCUCAUCCCACAUAUAGCGUGAUGUCCAAUCCACAUAACCAGUUGCCAAUUCCUUCUCCUUCUGAUCCCUCAGCGAGCUUGUAUAACUGGCAGGUGCCGCAGGUUGAUCAUCCCACAACCAGCAAACAUGUUCAUCAUCGCACACCGAACAUUUUUGAGCCAAAUUCUCGUGGAGAAGAAACUAGUGAUUUUUACUGGCAAGAACCAAUUGACAAAUAUUAUGAGGUACUUGAAUAUACUAAUUACUUUGACGAUGCUUCUCAAAACCUCCCUGAAAAUCUCAUGGAAUUACGAUUUAAUUUCGAGGAUGGAAUGAUUCCCCAUCCCACAAACCUUUAAGAGAGUAUAUAUAAAAAUUAUUUUUUUAAGAUGUAUUCACAAUAAGUUUUCUUGGUGGUGGAUAAGUUAGUGCUGCUGUUAGUUGGAUUGUUGUUGUCUUGGUGGAUAAGAGCCUCUCCAAUUAUGUAUAACUCUUUUUUAUUUUAUUUUUUUAUUUUUAUUUUUAUGUAAAUAUGAUGUGUCAAAAUAAAUUUGUACAAAAUUUUUGAAUUGUUUA